CUGUACGCAGAUAACUCUUGAAGAAUCAUGGUUAUCCUUUGAUCAAGAAGCUUUAAUGCUAUAUAAUAAGGUUUGUGCAUUUGCAGGGUGGCCAGGAACCCAAGCUAAAGUUCUACUUGUUGACAACAAAAAUGGCAACCACAAUAUCCUAGAACUCAAAAUAGUCACUACUGGAGUAUGCUCUGAUAGCAAUAUUCAACGUAACGAAGCAGAUGACAUUGCUCUUAUCAAGGGUAAUUUGAUAUUUCCUUGUGGAUGACGGACUGAACUUGAGGUAUUGGAGGUUCAGCUUCCCGGUAAGAAGGUAGUAAGUGCUGCUGCCUUUUGGAAUGGUUUGCGAGGUCAUAAGCUGAAGAUUACGACAAUGGAGACACCUUAUAUGACAGCACGAAAUGUUGAUUGAGAUCUCGAUUGGUAGUUCUUCUAUUCUCUUGUCAUCAAGAUAUGUUUAUACUUCCAUGCAAAGUUAACUUUCAUUGGUUUUUCUUGUAGCAUAAAAUUUAGUCAAUAAGCCUUGCUCUACCUG